AUGGCUUCUUCCAUGAGUUUGAUCCCCAGUUCCUCCGAAUUCACCACUCUUCAGGAGGCUUAUGGCCUUACUCCGGCAGACGGAGUGGAGUUUCCAGUUGCUGGAGUUGUGAUCACUUCACCACCGUCUGGGAAGAUAGUAGCUUUUGAUAUGAUAUGUUGGGCUAAUGGCAUCGUCCCUGACUACUUCGUCUUCAAGUUCUUUUUCCGGCUUGCAGCUACUAAUGACAAGUAUAAUUUUUGUGCUUGUCGGGGCGGUCAUAAUAUUGUCCUUAACAGCAAACCACCAAAGAAUUGGCAGGACAAGUGGUUAUGGGUCAACCAGGAACUACUUGUCCGGGAAUACCAUCGGGCGAAUGCUUUGUCGGAUGUUACUCCCAAGCUGUUUCCUUAUAACCAAGCGACUUCUGAUUUCUUGAGUGCUCUUCAAGUGGACAUUGAUGCAGUGUCGGAGGUGCUACUUGUCGGGGUUGGAAUAAGUCCUAGAUGGCGUGCCUAG